AAUCAUCCUGCCACCAAUAUGUUGAGCGCUGAGACUUUUCGAAAAUGGAGAUGCGCACAAGAUUCGUGUGGAAAGCAGGCAACAGUUACUUUAAAAUUAGAACGAUUAAGUUCCAUCCAUUCUGUUGAUAUUGGCAAUAAUGGAUCUGCAUUUGUUGAAGUUCUUGUUGCACGGGAAGGUGUAGAUUAUCAGGUCCUGCUGGUUGCAUCAUCAUUCAUGACACCAGGAGAAUCUAGAAAUAGCUCAGAUACAAAUCGUGUGCGUAUGUUCGGUCCAGAUAAGCUGAAUAAAACAAAACAUUCGACCGAGCAGAAAUGGGAUCGUGUUAAGGUCAUAUGUACCCAGCCCUUUAAUAAGACACUGCAGUUUGGAUUAUCAUUUAUAACUGUAACAGCCUCUUCUGAGGGCUCGGGUGACUCCACCCCUAAAGUCACCAAACUUGGUAGUUUCACCCUGAAAGAUGAGGAAGAGGAAGAUCCAAUAUCAGUUGGGUCUAUUUUUGCUCGAAGGAAGGAGAAAGAAACAUCCUCCCCACUUACAGGUGCAGCAGCCAUUCGUGCAGCUUCUGCUUCAGCUGUGUCUUCAGCUUCAACUCCAGAUUCAAAGAAAACUAAACCGUUUAAUGCUCCAGAUGUUGGAUUCUAUCAGUUGAAGAAAAAUGCAUCUCCAGCACCAGAACGGCCAAAACCACUGCAGCCUUCCACGCAGUCAUCAUCUGAUGCUCACGAAGAGAGAGGCAAAGAAAAAAGAAAAGAAAGAGACAGAGAUUCUGACAAACAUAGAGAACGUGAUAAACGAAGCAAAGAUACAGAAAGUAGAGUUGACAAGGAGAAGGAAAAACCAAAAAAAGAAGGAGGUAGUGAUCGAAAUUCAUCCUCAGAAAGCAACAAGAGGAAGAAUGACUCCAGAGACUUAAAGAGAACAUCAUCUCAUGAAAAUAAGCGGACAGCAUCACCAUCGUCAUCAUCAGCUUCUUCAGGCUCGUCAUCCAAGAGAAAAACAGCUCCUUUUACCUCCUUGUUGAAAGGUGUCACCUUUGUUCUAAGUGGGUAUCAGAAUCCUCUGCGAUCACAGAUUCGAGAUAUGAUGCUGGAAAUGGGAGCAAGGUAUAAACCUGACUGGGAGCCAUCUUGCACUCAUCUUAUAUGUGCCUUUGCUAACACUCCCAAAUAUCAGCAAGUGAAAGGCAAGGGUAAAAUAGUCACAGCAAAGUGGAUAUCGGAUUGCCAUAAAAACAAGAUUCGUUAUCCUUGGAGAAGGUAUGCACUUCCCAAGCAAGAUAAUGCCAGAGAGAGUGAAGAAGAAAUUUGGGCCGAGGAACUUCUCCCUAAGGAAGAGAAAGCAAAGACUUCUAAAACAGUAGACUCGGAUGUUGAAGAAUCUAAGUAUGAUAAAGAAAGUAAUGAGGCCUACAGCGACAGUGAAGACACAGAUGAUGAAAUUCAAAGGUUAGUUCAGACUUAAAUAUACCAUACAUAUUUUUCUGUAUUUUAGUGGGAUCUCCUUGGAACUGCUGCAUCACUCAUGGAACAUGAACUAUAUGAAUUUACAAAUCAUGUAGCCAUAUUCAGAAGCAUUGUAAAAUUAAACUCAGUAGUUAUCCAAAAGGAAUAAUGCAGUCCAUUAAUAUUUAUGCUUAUCUAUAUGACUUUUCAGGAAUUUUCAAACCAAAUUUUUGUAAAACUAAUUUAGAUCCUUGACUUAAAUGUAAUAAUGCAAAUAAAGGAAAGGCUUAUUUUUUUUGCAAGGGUCAAGUAAUUGACAAUGUGUAUAAACUUUGUAGUUGAUGCACUUCAGUCAUUUGGUUACGUAACUCACUUGUUGUCAAGUAUUUUAUAAGAACAACAUGCGCAAUCACCAGUACGUAUUACUGAUUAACAAUAUUUCCUUUUUAAAAGUUUAUUAUUAUUGAAAUAGUUUGACAGGAUUAAUAGUUUGUUGGGUUUUAUGUGCAGUUGGGGAAUGUGUACCAUACCCCCCCCAUGCAAAUAUUUGGAACCCAUAUAAAAAUGCUGAAAAUG